AUGAUCGACUUUAGAGCGCCCAGCUUCCUCUUGGGGCUGGUGCUCCUUGUCUGCCUGGUCCAGCCGGCAGCUGCUUUUGGCGCCGGCAACAUUGCCUCUGUUUCCAAGGUCGAGGGCCAAAACUGGCGACACGGUGACAUCGAAGAUGCCUUGCUGUCCCUGGCAAUGGCCCAGGUCAUCAAGGGAGGCCGAAAGUUCAACAAGCGGACCGUCGCGCGAGUCUACUUCGGCAACUGGCUGCGUGACUACUCACAGGCCAUCGACGUGGCCACAGUCAAGAUGGUCUCUGCCGAGGCUAUUCGACUGCUCCUCUGCGUCCUCGGUUUCAUGUCCUUUGGAUACGGCUCCGGCGAGUUCGAAGUUACCGCCGAGCGCCUCGGAACCUACCGCCCCGAAGAUCACAUCGACAACCCCAAGGGCUAUGCCGAGGGCCUCGAUGCCCGCGACUUUGACCCCCGCUUGAGAGGUCCCGUUGACGAGCGCGUCGAGCUUGCCAUCGACCCGGAAACUGGAAUGAAGAACUACAUUGCCAACGAGCGAGCCGGUAUCAUGACCUCCGCCAGGCACGUCCGGAACCUGUUUGGUCGGUGUAUCGAGCUUGGUCGCCAGUACAGGCGCUCGGGAAACAAGCCAGAGCUCUACGAAGCUCUCCGGCUGAUGGGAACUGGACUGCACUGCUUGGAAGACUUCUUCGCCCACAGCAACUACAUCGAGCUUGCGCUCAUUGAAAUGGGCGAGCGCGAUGUCUUUCCCCACGUUGGCCGCAACACUCAGAUCCAGCUGGAAGGUGCUCGCCAUUCCGUCUACCCCAUCACCACGGGUACCUUCGGAGGCGUCGAUUUCCUCCACUCCGUCACCGGUGAAGUAUCGGAUAAGUUGACACAGAAUGAAAUCGAUGAGCUCGAAGGAGCUCUCAACGAAGGCAAGACCGGUGAUACUAGCUUGCUCCAAAGCCUGCUCAGCAAUCUUCCCCCUGGCAUCCUGGGCAAUAACAACCAGGGAGAAAAGCUCGACGAGAUUCAGAACAAUGCAGCUGCCGCCCAAGAGGAAACCGAGCCCGUUUCUCCCAGAGAUCCUGAGGAGUUCACCAUCUACAUCCAGAAGAUCUUCAAGCAGAUUAUGCCCGUCAUUGAAUUCCACGAUAGCAUUAUGAAGAGCAUCAGUGGUGCCAUUGAGAACAUUCCUAUUCUGCCCAAGGUCAUCGAGCAGUUGGAGGAGCAGCUCUCUAUCUUUGUCUUCUCCAUCAUUGCUCCCUUCAUCGUUCCUUUGAUUCACCAGAUUAGGAACGAACUGCAAACCGGAUCCUCGGAGAUCAUUGAGAGCAGUAAGAAGGAGCAGCACAUUGUCUUCGACGACGACUACUCCUCUGAUCCCACUCACUCAAUGCUUUCCAAGGAUCACUUCUCCAACAUUCUCAACGAGAUUGCCGGUCGAACUGCGGCCAGGAUGCUUCACUGGGUUGUGCCACAGAUCAUGGAAGCUUUUGACAACGACUCGGUCGAUGUUGAUCGCUUGCUGGACCGGAUCGUGACCGGCGUCAUGCACCACCCUGCCCAGCGCGAAAUGGGCUAUGACGGUGCCGCCGAAGCGCGACAGCUCAUCUUCAACUCUGUCCAGGAAUGGUGGAGUUCCAUGGACGAGGAGCAACGGGAGGACUAUCGCCGCAAGCUCUCGCCUCGGGGCGUCAUCAACGGCGAAAACCACAAGGAGGGUGUCCACGAUACCGGCCACGGCUGUGCAGGCAAGUUGAAGAUGCGUAAGGAGUUUGGCGAGCCCGAGGGUGUUGAGGACCAGAUUGCCGGCGCAGCCGCAACCGCCAUCUUUUCAGGAGCCACCGGUGCCCUGUCCGGGUUUGUCUCUCAGAACACCGGAAUCGACCUUCCUUCGUCUCAGCACGGAGGGUCGAGUGGAGGUGACCCUAUCAGCGGUCUCAUCAGCGGCAUGGCGGGGAGCCUCCUGGGAGGGGCUUUUGAACAAGGCUCGACUCAGAGAGAAACCAGCUACGAGACUGGACGAGAUGGCUCUUAUACUCAGCGACAAACUGAGUACGGCCAACAGGGAGACAGAUACGGCCAAGCUGAGUACAGCCAAACUUACCGCCCCGACGGCGGACGCGAAUCCGAAUAUCGCCGCACUGAGCAACAGGAAUCAUACGGCGGCAGAGGCUACGGCGGCUCCAGCUACGAAGAGAGGCGCGAGACUUACGAGAGCUCCUCCGGAGCAUAUGAGCAGCGCACCGAACGACAGGAAUAUCGCUCUACGGAGGAAAGCUACGGAGGCGAAUAUGGCCGUCGCAGGAGUACCAGCCGAGGAUCCAAUGAAAGCCAGAAGGAAUACGGGGACCGUGAGGAAGGCAGCCGCCACCAUUCGAGCUACGAACGCCGCGACGAAGACAGCUACGGCAGCGGCGGUUAUGGACGACGCGAGGAGGAUAGCUACGGCAGCGGUGGUUAUGGACGACGCGACGAGGACAGUUAUGGAGGCGGUGGCUACGCACGUCGUGAGGAGGACAACUACGGCGGCGGUGGUUACGGACGCCGCGAAGAGGACAGCUACGGCGGCGAAUACGGAUCCCGAGAGGAGGGCGGCCACGGCAGACGACACCACGGCCACCACCACGAUGACGACGAGGCCGACGACGAUGAGUACAGGUCCCGAGAUCGCGGCGACAACAGCGGCGGUUAUAGGUUCUAG